CCGCGGCCGCUCGGUCAUUUUCGCCUCUUUGUUUUACCGAUAGUGGAUUUAACUCGGAUUCAACCCAAUAUCCAGCGGACUGUGCUGCUCCCAAACAGGCUCCAAUGAGAGGCUCUCCAUGAUGCGGAGCUAACAGUGUCGGCCGCACAACCGCAGGAAGAGACGUGGCCGCUGCACCAUCCACAGUCGACGCAUGGCGGUAUUAGGGAACCCCGACAUGCUGACGAGGAAGAUAAAGCUGUGUCACAUCAAUGCCCACAUCACAUGUCGUCUGUGUGAGGGCUACCUGAUCGACGCCACCACCGUCACCGAGUGCUUACACACCUUCUGUAGAAGCUGCCUAGUGAAGUAUCUGGAGGAAAACAACACGUGCCCCACAUGUAGGAUUGUUAUUCAUCAGAGUCAUCCACUGCAGUACAUCGGCCAUGACAGAACAAUGCAAGACAUUGUCUACAAGUUGGUACCCGGACUUCAAGAGGCGGAGAUAAAGAAGCAGAGGGAGUUCUAUCAGAAGUUGGGGAUGGAGGUGCCCGGAGACAUUAAAGGAGAGCUUUGCAACAUGAAGACUCAUCUAGAUCAGCGAAAUGGCGAUGCAAAAUCAGAGGACACGGCCAAUAAAGAGGCGGGAGAGGAGAAACCAGAGGAGGAUAACGACUAUCACCGUAGCGACGAGCAGGUCAGCAUCUGCUUGGAGUGCAACAGCAGCAAGCUUCGGGGUCUCAAGCGCAAGUGGAUACGCUGUUCAGCACAAGCCACAGUCCUCCACCUCAAGAAGUUCAUCGCCAAAAAGCUUAACCUGACAUCAUUUAAUGAGCUGGACAUUUUAUGCAACGAGGAAAUCUUGGGAAAGGACCACACGUUGAAAUUUGUUGUUGUGACAAGAUGGAGAUUUAAGAAAUCUCCCCUCCUGCUCCAUUACAGACCCAAGAUGGAUCUGCUGUAGCUAAAACGGACACAACGGUUGUUUUUUUUUCUUUUGGCCCGGUGGCCGCGGACUGUGCCGAAACCUUUUUAAUUUAUGCAAAGACGAUCAACCAACACCAAGCAAACACCCGACGGUAAAAGUCCACACAAGCCAGCAAAUCGGGAUCUAAAAAGGGGGGAGAGGACGCAAAAUACAAUGAGAACUGGCCGAACCUCCAGCACAGGUACUGCAACACUGGCGUGUUUUUAGGAACUAAAACAACCAUUUUUUUUGUCUGCUACAUCCUAGAUAUGUGAACAAAACAAAACAAAAAGAACAAAAAAGAAAAAAACAAAUGGAGAGAAAGCAUAUAUUUAUACUUUUGUACAGAAGAGACACAUGGAACCAAGACACUACUGGUGCUCUGUUUACACGCAAACAAGAUGUCGGGAAUCACGUGACCGUCUUUUUGAGCUUCGUCCUCCCGAGACAAAGACUGAGAGGAGAGGAGAACGUUUUUAUAUAAAAAAAAAAGGUGUUUUUUUGUUUUGUUUUUUUCUUCCUUUCCACCAAUUCACUCGACACGUCUUGGGAGCACAGAAAGUAUAUGGAAAAAGUUAUAUAAUAGGCAUCAAUCUUAAGCAGUUUAUCAAGUAAUUUGUCUCUUGUUUGUUUUUUUUUGUUGUUUUUUUUAAUUUCAUUUUGUUGGCUUUGUCUAAUUUGCUAUUGGGUUCUUGAUGAUUGUCAAUUGUGAAUAGGCUUAAAAAAAAAUUUGUGUAGUAAUUUAUGUUCUAUAUACCAAUAUUGUACAUAAAAUGUCAUUACAGAGACAGAGAGUGAUUGAAAGAGAGUAAGAGAGACUUUAGACUGUUAAAAAAAAAAAAAAAAAAAGGAAAAAAAAAAAGAGUGGAUCCCAGAAGUGCUAUCUAUAUGUUGGGGGCGACUUGUUCCGAAAAGGUGAUAAAUUAG